AUGGGAAUGGCAUUAAGUAGAGCAGGUCGACCCUCCUGGGUCGAUCCUGUGGGUGGGCCCACCACCUCACUGCUUCCGCUGCUACUGCUACUCUGUGUGUUGCACGCCCCGUGGCGUGCGACGGAUUUUUCAUCCCGCCGCGCGCUCGGAGCGUGCGGCGGUUUUCUGCCCGCCGUGCGCCCCGAGGCGCGCGGCGGUUUUCUGCCCGCCGUGCGCCCCGAGGCGCGCGGCGGCUUUCUGCCCCGUCACUCCGCGCGUCGCCCCCGGGAGGCGCUGCGACGGGCGACGGGGACCUGCGCGUCGCCCCCCGUCACCCGUCGCAGCCCGCGCGACCUUCAUAGGGCCCGCGCGCGGCCCGUACAGCCUGCGCGCGGCCCGUACGGGCUGCGCCAGGCCCGCGCGCGGCCCGUACGGGCUGCGCCAGGCCCGCGCGCGGCCCGUACAGGCAGCGCCAGGCCCGCGCACGGCCCAUACGGGCUGCGCCAGGCUAGGGCGCGCCUCGGGCCGCCCCCGCGCGGUUCGUACGGGUUGCGCCAGGCCCGUGGGCGCCCCGUUUCCUCUUCCCUUGAGCUGCACGCUGUCCCCCGCGCUUCUGACGGCGCCCCACCCCUGCUGCUGCCCGUGCUCCUGAAUUAG